AUGAAUAAUUUGUUAACCCCACGAUCAGCACCAGUAGGUCGCCCAAAAUUGCCAUUUUCCGACAAAAAUCUAAAGUCACAAAAAUUGAAAUUGUCGAGGGAGAAUGAACACGAUUCCAGUUUAAUUGAAGAUGUAAUAUCCAGAAUUACCACAGGCAAACAUCAAGUUUCUGCAACUCUAGUAGCAAGCUAUGGUUUUGAUGGUAGCUCUGGACAUUCUGAAUAUAAACAGAAGUUCUUGAACGAAACCGAAGGUUCACAAGAUUCCAGUGUUUUUCCAACUACGCUUAUACCACUAAGACUGACUACGAGUAAUGGUGUUGUUAUUUGGAAUAACUUAACUCUUCAGUCGCUAAGAUUUUGUAUACCAAUCAAACUUCAAUAUGUGAAAGAAACCAAAGAACAUAUGAAUGAAAAAAAUAGCUGA